GUACCAUGUCCGCACCCAGGAUUCGAACCGACCAAACACUGGGCUGCCUGCAGCGGAGCACACCAACUUAACCACUUGGCCCCAGGGCCGGGCCCUCGAAAUGAUGUUUUUAAGUACACAAAGCAUGCAGGAUAAGAAAGCCGCAUUACAACACAGUUACCAAAAUGUAUUUCUUUUAAGUAUGUAUUAUAUGUCUUUCAUUAGUAACACAAGUAAUGGAACACAAUGUUUCAUUAGUAACAUCAACAAAGAGCAGCAAGUGGAAUAACAUGUCAGUUUCAACGAUUCAGAACCAGUGUAAACUAUUUCAAGAUCUCUGCAAGAACUGCAACGUGGUAGGGAAACAUUUGUGGUUGCCAUUGUUGAAAAACGUCAACGGUACUGCACAGUCCCUCGUGAUUAGUUGUCUACACGCAUAAUUGAAGGAAAUACUAAACUGCAUUUAGAGUUUGUGAAAAUAAAUCAUUUUUCCCCAUCUAGGUUUAUAGCCCCACAAAGGUGUGAAGAACUCAGAUUUUUCUCAAAUUUGCCCCUAAAAUUAAGUGGGUUUCCCUGAAAUUUAAAACAAACAAAAAAAACAAAACCUCAGUCCCGGGGAUGAAGUGGAAAUGGUAGAACAGGUCAACCCAUCUUUCCAGAGCCCAUUUAUUUCACCUUGGUUACCCCAUCUUCAGGAGCUCGCUAACCAACCACGCUGCCUUUCCAAAGGUUCCUUUUCCCCUCCUCACUCCCUAUUUCUUGCCUAUUCGCCGAAGAGCUAUUAUACAGUCAAUCAUGGCUCCCUGUGUCCUCUCAACAACUUGUGGGCAAGGAAUUUGUCAAAUACAGUAACUCAUCAACCGCCAGAGAUGACUUUUACACUUUUUACUAUCGCUUAACAUCGAGGGAGUAGCCAUAAUUAUACAGAUUUAGGUGGAAUAAGCACAGAGUGAAUAGCCCCCCAAAGAGGACUCCAUUGAUCUCAAGGAAAAAAAUCCAAGCUUGUCAACUGUUUCACUAUAUGUACAAGUUUUAAUAUCUCAAUCUCUGAUUGGUGCGGUACAUAUUCUCUCUCUAUAGCCCGUGCCAAUAGGUCCAGGGGUACAUUCUGAUUGGCUAACACUCAAUAGCCUCUGAAAACCAAUGGAAAAGGAAAUUUUACGAAACAUCCAGACUAUAAUAACCCCUUUCGCAGACUAGAUUGUGAGAAUUACAGCCUGUCUUCUAAUAUGUCUGGGCGCGGGAAACAGGGUGGUAAAGCUCGUGCUAAGGCCAAGACCCGCUCUUCUCGAGCUGGUCUGCAGUUCCCUGUGGGCCGAGUGCACCGCCUGCUCCGCAAGGGCAACUACGCCGAGCGGGUCGGGGCCGGCGCGCCGGUGUACCUGGCGGCGGUGUUGGAGUACCUGACGGCCGAGAUCCUGGAGCUGGCGGGCAACGCGGCCCGCGACAACAAGAAGACGCGCAUCAUCCCGCGCCACCUGCAGCUGGCCAUCCGCAACAACGAGGAGCUCAACAAGCUCUUGGGGCGCGUGGCCAUCGCGCAGGGCGGAGUCUUGCCCAAUAUCCAGGCCGUGCUGCUGCCCAAGAAGGCCGAGAGUCACCACAAGGCUAAGAGCAAGUGAAGUUUACACUUCUAUCAGAAGCCAAAGUAUUUUCUCAGAGCCACCAAAAAUUAUCCUCAGAGGACUGUAACUAUGGAGUUAUUCAUAGAAUUCUGAAAGCCCAGCAGUGCGCGCGCAUGUUUGUGCGCGCUCUUCUUUCCACCCUGCCGCAGUAAGUGAUCAGCUGGCCAAUCACAUGACGGCGGUAAUUUUUUU